CCUCACAUAGGCCACUGACACCGCUCGAGAACAAUAAUCAUAUAAUAUGAAAGAUCUCAUUACUGCUGCCAUAAAGAAACACGACAGGGAGGGAAGGAGGGAGGUGGAGAAGGCCAGGCGCCCCCUCCUCCUCCUCCUAAUCCCCUCCUCACUGUGUCAUCUCAGUCUUCCCUCUCCAUCCAUUUCCAUGAGGGAUCAAGCUUAGGAUUCCACCCUGCCUUCCUUCCCCUGCUGCUAUUUCUUUCUUCCUUUUUCACGUCCCCCUCCCGCAUCGUUAUUUUGGGUUCGCUUUCCAACAUGAUCAGCCUCCUCCUGUAUGAGCCACCCCUAGCUCUGCCAUCUGAAGAUCUGAGGAUGAGCUUGUAACCAUUACAGGAGUUCCAGGAUCAAUCUUCUAUACUCUCUGCUUUUGAUUGUUCCUGAAUCCCUAGGAUCCGCUAUGUGAGUUUCCAACAGUUGGAGGAGACCUCCAAACUGAAGGCUGGAGCAGUGAUUUGGGGAGGAACUCUACAUCUGUGACUGGAGAACUGGCCAUUGAUGCUGGUGGACGAAGGGCUGAUCACUGGGUUGAUGUCUUAAAGGAAGUGCUUGAGACAUGAAGAGUUUGCAGUGUGCUGGUUUCUUCUUGCUGUCACUGCUGCUGGAGUGUACUGAAGCCAAAAAACACUGCUGGUACUUUGAAGGAUUAUAUCCUACAUAUUACAUAUGUCGAGCAUAUGAGGACUGCUGUGGAUCAAGAUGCUGUGUACGGGCACUCUCUAUCCAGCGGUUAUGGUAUUUCUGGUUUCUACUGAUGAUGGGAGUUCUGUUUUGUUGCGGAGCAGGAUUUUUCAUUAGACGGCGAAUGUAUCCACCAUUGCUUGUAGAAGAACCAACAUUUAAUGUAUCAUAUACAAGGCAAACACCUGGGCCUCCACCAGGACCUCAGCAGCCAGGAAUGCCAUAUUAUUCUGAUCCAGGGGGAAACCUAGCCACACCUUCAUUUCACAUGCAGCCAAACUCCCCUCAAGGAAACCCAGCUUUCCCACCUCCCCCAUCCUACUACAACACACCUCCACCACCCUACGAGCAAGUGGUGAAAUCUUGCAAAUGAAGCAAUUUUUGCACUUGGCAAUGUUUUUCUUAUAUCUGACUUUUUACAAAUUCACGAUGAUGAGGACGCUCCCUUGGCGUGACGAUUGCUCUCUUGGUAUGAAUCAUUGGAAGAUCAGGUCUGUUCAGAGGGAAACGCUCUUCUUGGAACUGGAUUGAAGUCAUGACAUUUUUUCAGAAUUGCAGUUUAUGUUCCCCUCUCGGCACUAGCAUGGGGUUUGAUGGAUAAAUGCACUUCUCCAUUGCUGGAAAGGCAGUUUUUCCGUUAAUUUAUUUCUUUUCUACGCGUUCCUAGUACUGUAUUGUAGCUCUUUCAUUGUAUCUAUGCUGGUAGCGUACACUACAUAUCGUUGCCUAGUUUGCCUAUUACUCUUCAGAGUGCUAGCAGAUUUCGCAGUAUCUACAAUAAAAGGCAUGCUGUUCAUGGAAA